GUUACGGGUAGUUGUUCCGACGCGAUAAAGAGACGAAAAAGUUAAAGUGAUCUUUUAUUGAAAUUGUAAAAAUUGCGAGUCAAGAAAAAAAAAUACAUAAAAGUUGAAAAUACAAAUUACGUAUUUGACGUGUAAAAAGUACCACAUAAGUGUUUAAUUAGAGAGCAUAAAGUGCUCCUGAUUCCAUAAUUCCAAAAUGUAGGGGAAUCGCCAGAGCAUAAAUUAAUCGCCAGUGCCGAAAAAUUAAGGGUUACCUCUAAUUGAUCUGUUUUAUCAUGAUGUCAUAAUUAAAAGGGAAAAGGUUACUAGUUAUAUCAUGAGCUGCUCUGUAGAAUUGAGACAACGUCGACAACAGGGGAUGGCGGAGGAUCCUCAUAAACUUGCAGCAAUGAUGAAUAAAUCUCAAAGACUUGUAUUAGGACUUUUGGUUUUACUACUAGUUGAUAUCAUUUGGGUCUCAAGUUCUGAACUUACUAAAUACAUUUACAGAGAAGCAGCAUUUGAAAAGCCAUUUUUUAGUACAUAUGUAAAAACAUCUAUGUUUACAUUUUAUUUGCUUGGUUUAUGUUUUUGGCCUCCAUGGAGGGAUCAAUGUAAUAAACCAGCAACAUAUAUGUUUAUAGAUCCUAAUGUGGAAGAUGAUAAUUUCUAUUCAGAAGCUAAUACAAGUUUGAGUGAUCCAACAUUUGUUCCAAUAAAAACACCAGAUCACUGUGAUCGUUCUUCAGGCACAGAAAGUGAUGAUUCAUCAAUACGCUCAGUAAGAUUUAGUAAAUUAGCAGAAGUUCGUCAUAUGUCAGAAAGUGAUGCCACAGAAGCACUAUUGGCAAGACUUAGUUAUCAAGCAAGCUUGAGAGCUGGAGAACAUGCAAGACGGCAAGCUAAUAAAUUUUCUGUUCAAAAAGUUGCUAAAAUUGCCCUUAUGUUUUGUUUACUUUGGUUCAUGGCGAAUUAUACUUAUCAAAUAUCAUUAGCAAAAACAGAAGCAGGAGUUGUAACAGUAUUGUCAUCAACUUCUAGUUUAUUCACAUUAUUCCUAGCUGCCUUUUUCCCCAGUAAUGGAGGAGAUAAGUUUACAUUAUCUAAGCUAGUUGCUGUCUCUGUCAGCAUUCUUGGACUAGUACUAGUGGGUCUUUCAGAUUUAAAUAUAGAAACUAGUAGGAUACCCACAGGCAUAAUAUUGGCCCUAGUCAGUGCAUUUUUUUAUGCCGCUUAUAUUGUAUUCCUAAAACGAAAAGUAGAUCAUGAAGAUAAGAUGGAUAUUCCAAUGUUCUUUGGAUUUGUUGGACUUUUUAACUUGACACUAUUAUGGCCCUUGUUCUUCAUCCUCCAUUAUGGCCAUUGGGAAGAAUUUGAGUGGCCAAACACUCAUCAGUGGACAUUUUUAAUUAUUAAUGGUCUUAUUGGUACAGUUUUAAGUGAAGUGCUUUGGUUGUGGGGUUGUUUUUUAACAUCAUCCCUCAUGGCAACUUUGGCAGUUAGCUUAAUUAUGCCAAUGUCAAUGAUAGCUGAUGUUUUAUUAAAAAAGGUCCAGUACCCUUGUAUUUUCUAUCUAGGAACCAUUCCAAUGUUAUUAGCAUUUCUGACUGUAUCCCUUCUAUGCUAUUAUGACAACUGGGAUCCAGUCAUGGAUUUAAUAAAAAGAAUUUACAUUUGGAUUUGUAGGAAAAAUAGAUCAAUAAGAAUACCAGACCUUGAAGCAGAGCAAACAGAAUCGCUCAUAGGCAUAAAUAGCGGUGAACACGAAGCUUAA